AUGAUAGGGGAUCCAUGCAAUAUCAAGAUCUCCUCAUUCUCCGGGAAAAGAAAAAGAUUGGAGCUACCCAGCCCUUCAGCCCCUUCGAGGAAAGAGAAAUCAAUCCUUCAGGAAACCCAACAACCUCUACUCAUGAAUAAUUGUCUAAUAUGGAAUACUAGGGGUGCCAAAAAUGCUGAAUUUAAGGGUCAUUGCAAAUCCCUCAUAGGCAUACAUCAAUCUUCGGUGCUUGCCCUUCUAGAGACCAGGAUGGCUGAACAUAAGGACUUAGCUAUUGAAUUGGGCUUUCCUUAUUUUAUUCAAUCCUCUGCUACUAGCUCCUUGAGUGGGAUUGUCAUUUUUUGGAAGAAUAAUGCUAUUUCCAUAAAAGAGAUUUCUAUACCCAAGACAUUCAUGCCACUGUUAAGGUUGAUGCUUCAAAGGCUAGGAAGACCUCCGGUCCAGCAUAGUUACCGAGAACAAAACAAGGUAGUAGAUGCUCUAGCAAAGGAAGGUCUGCAAAAUUUUUGUAUCCCCUCUCCCUUUUGUAGCCCACACUGUCUGGGAUGAUAAGAUAGGAAAAUCCUUCACUAGAAUUAUUUCCAUCUCUGAGAUGCAUGUUGAGCGUCAAACUGUGUUUGUUUUGGAGCCGGACGAAGUACUUAAUGCAUCUCUACUUUGUCAAAAAAAAAAAAAAGAUAUUAGAGCAAAUGGAUUCAAUAAAUAUACAGUUAAUUAUAUACAUACAAAAUGAAACAAAUAAAAUCUAAAUUCUCGCCUUGUAUUA